GAUGCUGCACGGGUGCUGAGCCCGCCCGGGUCAGGACGAUGGUGAAGUAUUUCCUGGGACAGAGCGUGCUCCGAAGUUCCUGGGACCAAGUGUUCACUGCCUUCUGGCAACGGUACCCGAAUGCCUUUAGCAAACAUGUCUUAAUGGAAGACAUAGUGCACUGGGAGGUGACCCCCGACCAGAAGCUGCUGUCCCGGAGACUCCUGACCAAGACCUAUAGGAUGCCACGUUGGGCAGAGCGACUGUUUGCUGUCAAUGUUGCUCACUCGGUGUACAUCCUGAAGGACUCUAUUGUGGACCCACAGAAUCAGACCAUGACCACCUUCACCUGGAACAUCAACCAUGCCCAGCUGAUGGUGGUGGAGGAGCGCUGUGUUUACUGUGUGAACCCCGACAACAGCGGAUGGACCGAAAUUCGUCGGGAAGCCUGGGUCUCCUCUAGCUUAUUUGGCGUCUCUAAAGCUGUCCAGGAGUUUGGUCUUGCCUGGUUCAAAAGCAAUGUGACCAAGACAAUGAAGGGCUUUGAGUACAUCUUGGCCAAGCUACAAGGUGAGGCCCCUUCCAAAACACUUGUUGAGACAGCCAAAGAAGCCAAAGAGAAAGCCAAGGAGACAGCACUGGCAGCUACAGAGAAGGCCAAGGACCUGGCCAACAAGGCUGCCACCAAGCAGCAGCAGCAGCAGCAGCAGCAGCAGCAGCAGCUGGUGUAGCUCCCUCUCCUUCUC